AUGUCUCCUGCGAAGAUCCCCCGUUAUUGGACACUUGGAGUCUCUACGUUCGGGGCAGCUCCAGCACCAGAGAAAUAUUUCACAUCCCGCAAUUUGAUUUCUACCUCACUUCAAGCACAGCGGCCGCUGUCCCUUACGCUGCGCCGCGCUGUCACCAAGUCGGCCGUAAAGCGUUGUUGUUCUCAGAAUGGCACGCUUAGUUGGAGAGACCCGGGCUUCUGGACAUCCAAAGCAAUUUGGACACGGUCUGCUAUUAACACUUUCCGCUGCCUGGUAGGAUGUACAUCGGGCGACUUCUCUACCAUGUGGUAUCUUCAGUCUGCGUAUCCGGAGCUUGAUAACGUGGCGACCAUGAGUGUUUCAAGUGAGUCCAUGGCUCGGAACACCCCAUACACGCCACUAUUGCAGUUAGAUCGACCAAAUUAUGCUGACCAAACCCACCUAGUGACUGCCGGCAUCAUGACCUCCAUCCUUCUCGAGACCACCCUCCUCCACUUCGGUCGCGAUCGCCUGCUUUGGAAAUCUGCGGCCAGGACGGCCACGGGAAUGAGCAUGAUCUCUAUGUUGGCCAUGGAAGCUGCAGAAAAUGUGAUUGAUUACUCCCUCACCGGUGGCUGUGUCGAUUUUGAAAGUCCAUAUUUUUGGAUGGCAGCAGGAACUUCAGCAGUCGCAGGUUUUUUGUUCCCUUUGCCGUAUAACUAUUUCCGACUACGAGCUUAUCGAAAGUCGUGCCACUAA